AUGACUAAUCCCCAGAAUGGCGGCGUGAAUAAUACUAUUCUAGAAUCUCAUGAAGACAAAGAAGUUCCUGAAAACAUCUCUACUGUUAUGAUAGGAUACACCAUGAAAAUUGAGAUCAAUCUUAAUGUUACUUCGACAUCCCUCUACAAGCCUUCGACUCAGCAACCAUCUGGUGUUGAACGUGGAAUAUUGUAG